AAGAGCGCAGCGCCGCGCGAGCGCUAUUCAUUGCUGAAAGCAGACAGCGUUUGAGAGACUCGAUCCGAUCAGAGAGAGAUGGCAGAAACCGCCCCAGCCCCGGCUGCUGCCGCCCCGGCCAAAGCGCCCAAGAAGAAGUCCGCUGCGAAAGCCAAGAAAGCAGGUCCAGGCGUCGGUGAGCUCAUCGUCAAAACUGUGAGCGCGUCCAAGGAGAGGAGCGGCGUGUCCCUCGCCGCCCUGAAGAAAGCUCUCGCUGCCAGCGGCUACGACGUGGAGAAGAACAACUCCCGCGUCAAGAUCGCCAUCAAGAGCCUGGUGACUAAAGGCACCCUGGUGCAGGUCAAAGGGACCGGCGCCUCGGGCUCAUUCAAGCUCAACAAGCAGCAAGCCGAGACCAAGAAGAAGCCGGCCAAGAAAGCGGCUCCUAAAGCCAAGAAACCCGCGGCCAAGAAACCCGCUGCGGCCAAGAAGCCCAAGAGCGCCGCGGCAAAGAAGCCCGCCGCGAAGAAAUCGCCCAAGAAGGCCAAGAAACCCGCCGCCACAGCCGCUAAGAAGGCCACGAAGAGCCCCAAGAAGGCGAAGAAGCCAGCAGCCGCUAAGAAAGCAGCCAAGAGCCCCAAAAAGGCCAAGGCGGCUAAACCUAAGGCGGCAAAGCCUAAAGCCGCCAAGCCUAAAAAGGCAGCUCCCAAAAAGAAGUAAAAAUCUAGUUUGUUCCUCAACGGCUCUUUUAAGAGCCACCCACUAACUCUGAGUAA